AGUUCUAAUGUGACCGCGCCAGGGGGGUGCAAGCCCUUCUGUUUGCAAGGGCCUGCUGCCGGGACACCUGUCUUCCCCAGAGCCCAGUGCUUUUCGCAUCUGGCCCCGGCUCCUGUUGCAGCCCGAAAUAAGGCUGACCCACGGAGAAGGCAAGAGUGAUUCUUGUCAGCUGAAGCACUGGCUGUAGGACACACCCUGCUCACUGACCGCUGACCAGGGAGACUGCAUUAGACACUGACCACACAACUCCAGCUCCCCGACGGAGGUGUUAAUCUUAAGGGUCUGACAUUCCUUCCCACCUACUGUGGCCCCACCAGGAUGAUCCCCAAGGAACAGAAGGAGCCAGCGAUGGCUGUCACAGGAGAUCUUGCUGAGCCAGUCCCUUCGCUGGACCUGGGGAAGAAGCUGAGUGUACCUCAGGAUCUGAUGAUAGAGGAGCUGUCUCUCCGCAACAACCCGGGAUCCCUCCUCUUUCAGAAGAGGCAGCGCCGGGUGCAGAAGUUUACCUUUGAGCUUUCAGAAAGUUUGCAGAGUAUCCUGGCGGGAAGUGCCCGAGGAAAAGUGGCUGGCAGAGCAGCGCAGGUUACUACGCAGAACCACGGCUCGGAGCAGAACCAUGGCUCGGAGCUCCACGUUUCCCGGGAGUCACUGGGGGACCCCAGCAUGGCCCACCCGGGAGUGACUGGUGUUGACUCGGUCCGUAGUCCAAGUGCCCUGGCACCAGGCUAUGCAGAACCGCUGAAGGGCAUCCCGCCCGAGAAGUUCAACCACACCGCCAUCCCCAAAGGGUACAGUUGUCCAUGGCAGGAGUUCGUCAGCUACCGAGACUACCCGAGUGGCAGCAUCACCCCCAUUGUUCGCGACUAUCGCAACUUCAACAAGACCCCAGUGCCAUUUGGAGGACCCCAUGUUGGGGAGACUGUUUUCCAAGCAGGCCUCCCCUUUGCCCCGGAGCCUUUCAGUGGCUUGGAACUCCUCCGCCUCAGACCGAGUUUCAACAGGGUUGCUCAGGGCUGGGUCCGGAAGCUCCCUGAGUCUGAGGAGCUGUAGCCUCAACCUGAAGCUCCAAAUCCCUGGGCUCCAUCAUGUUCAUCUUGACUCCUGCUUGCUUUCUUAUCUUUCUCCUUUCUUCCCUUCCCUUUUUCUUUUUUCUUAGUUUUCUCUCCCUCCUCUCUCUGAGACAGGAUCUCGCCCUGUAGCCUAGAUUGGCCUGGAACUUAACGUGUAGCCCAGGCUGGUCUUGCCUCAGCUUCCAAGCACUAGGGUUACAAAGUGAGCAUGCCAGACUGACUUCAUUCACACAGUGAACAUCAUUAAAUAUAGCACUUCAAAGGUCACUGGGUUCCUUAGUCCUCAAAGCAGAUAUGCAUCAAACCAUUGGAUCUAAUGUGGAUUCAGGACCUGCUCUAGACUCACAGCCUCAGAACUGCCUGUGAUAGGUGUUAGUAUCAGGCACUCCAGGUGGCCUGUGUAAGUUGCCUAUGGAGUGUCUCUAGGAAGCUAUACCCAAGCCUGUUCUGCCUGGCCCCAGCAGCUGUCACUCACCUGAUGACAGAAGGCUCAGGAAUAGGCCAUCUAAAUGUGGACUGUUCCAUUAGGAAGGAGCAACUUGGGAAGGCAGCUGUUUGUAGGAUGUUUGUCUAACACGCACAGAGUCCUGGGUUUGAUCUUUAGCACCACGUAAAUCAGGCAUAGUGGGUAUGCCUGAAAUCACUUGGGAGAUAGAGGUAGAAGGACUGAAAGUCUGGGUCAUCCUUGACUAGAUAGUAAAUUUUUAAGGCCAGUCUGGGCUACAUAAGAGUCUAGCUUUACAACAAACAAAAACAAAACAAAAACAAAAAUGUUGUAACUAAGGCUGGCUAUGAGCUGUAGCUGAGGACAACCUUAAAACUCCUGAUACUUCUGCCUCCCUCUCCCAAGUGUUGAUUAGCCGAUGUGCACCCCAUGACUUCCCACUGACACAGCUGGCUCUCGUCUGCACAUGUUCUCAGUGUAUCUGAAACAUCUGUUCCGUGCUAGACCGUGGCAGGCCAAGGUCUUGAGAGGAUAUGAUAGGGACGAGAUCUGUAAGGCAGUUGAAUCCUGACAGCUGAGAGCCAAGGGUCAUGGAACAGAAGAACCCUGGGUGGGUAGGUGGGAUUUCAGAAACUUCCCAGAGGACUUGAGCCAGAUCUCAGAGAAGGAAUGGGAGCCCACCAAGGAAAGGAGUGACAAGAGGGUGCUUUUUGGCAUGUGUUGAGGUGGGAAUUGAAGAGGGAAGAUGUUCUGGAGACGGGAGAUGCUGUGAUGGAGUGAGACAGUGGCUCUGUUGUGUAAAGGAAGAAAAGGCUAGUGGUGGCCUCACUGUGUGGGGCCCUGGAGCGAGGCUGGAGAGCAGGAAGUUCACAAGGGGCAAGGCUUAGAAGAGGAGGGAAGAAAAAAAGGGGCUCAGCCAGUGACACCCUUUACAGAACAAAGGGGAACUUACACCUUCCCAUCCUCCCUGCUGAACAGAUCCUAGUUCAAGCGAUGAGGAUGCCACUCCUGAUAGCGAUGUUUGAAAGGGUCUUGGUGGUUCUCUCCAUCCUGUCCUACAGAUGUGGAUAUCCAGUCUCUAAAGGGAAAUGAGUUGUCUGGAGCAGAGUAGGGUGGAGGAAUCAGGGCCCAUCAAGGAUUCCACCCAUUUCUCUAGCCGAGUUGAUGCCUACUCAUUCUGGAACAUUGUGGAACAGUGUCGUGUCUUGUGAUUUAGAGUUUAAGUGAUUGUGGGGAUUGGGGGCACCCCAUUAGAUGGGCUUUGAUUUACUCUGAGUGGCAUGAACUUGGGGAAGCCAUUUCCCACUGAGCCUCUGCUUCUCUAUCUCUAAGGCAAACACAAAUGUAGGUCUUCUGCAGGGCUUGGGAGCACAAUACAGGACAGUCCCAGGGCCCGCACCCAUUGGAUGCCAUUUAUAAAGCAGGCUGUGCGGAUGCAGGGUUCCAGGUCAGUGUGAAGCUGAGUGUGUAAGGUCCCCUCUGGCAGGAACCCCUAACCAGGCUGUACUUUUCUUUGCUCUGUGGAGUUUUCCUCCCCUUCCUGGUUCCAGGGAACCAGUAGCCUGAAUCUUGGAAUUCCGUGCAGUUGGUGUUUUUCUUAGAUUUGGGACUGUCAUUCAAAGCCAAGUUUCUAUAAUCUAUAGACCACCUGGAAAGGAGGAGGACUCUGCUUGUUUGUGAGGCUCCCUGGAAGGAGACCUGACAAUGCAGAAGAGACCCUAGGAGGGCGGGGUCUUGUACUCUAAAGCAGGUUCUUAUCCCUUCUUCUGUCAAUUUUGCUACUUAAUAUGACCACUGUCUGUUCGGUAUGGCCCCUCCCAUGCACACCCAUGUACUUUGCUACUCCUGUAUUCUGUUCCAUCCCUGCAGACCACAGGCAAACCACUGGUCUUUAAUGGAACCAUACUACGUGUGCUGGUGUUCA